AUGAAUUUGUUUGAAUCUGCUUCUGUAUACUCCGGGCUGCAUGUCCCAUACACCAGCUUCUGCCACGCACUCAUCUCAUCCACCCACACCCGGACAUAUAUAAAGAUCCCACACCCGCAACACAAAUUACAUAAAGUCAUGGCACCCAAAAUUUUCAGAUUAUUCAAAAGGAAGCGCAAAGAGAAUGAUCCGGACUUUCGCCCUAAAGGGGUUGCUCCAAAUGCAAUCGGAAUCUCCGAUUCCACCUGCGAAGUCAACGGCGACCCCUUCAAUGGAUGGAAACUACCCAUCCCACCGCCGGAACAACGCGUUCUCAAACUCACCCGACAACGCAGCCGUCAACAAGCUAGUCACUUCUUCCAGCUCCCAAUAGAAGUCAGGACACUGAUCUAUAUCGAGCUAAUGGGUGAUCGGCGCAUACAUAUCGAGCAUGCAUGGAUGCUACCGUCGCCAUUUCGUCCGAAGCUAAAGCGGGACGGGAGGCGCUGGGACUGGUGGCAUGGUGUUUGCCAGAGAACUGGAUCUUUCGUCGAUGACCGGUGUUGGGACCGUGCAGAUGAGAGGUAUGCGAACAGGUUCGAGGGGUUGAAGAGCCCGCCGGCCGGGACGAAACUCCGGGGCGUAGAGUGGUUGAGGUGCUGUCAGAUCGGCUACGAAGAGGCAUUGACAAUCCUAUACGGGACGAAUGUCUUUGUUCUACGGAGCGGGUUAGACGCUCCGUUUAUCAUGUCUAGGCUUUUAUCGCCCGCUUGCUCCUCUCUCAUCACGUCUAUGGAUAUCUCUUUUGAUUUCUGGUACAAAUUAGACGAAACACAGGCCACGGCUUGGGAAACGGUCUACCCGGCCUUAUUUGAUCUGUUUGAGCAUUGCUUCUGCAAUGUUCGCAGGUUGUGCUUGACGAUGCAUAUGCCGGCCUGGGAGAAGGUGAGAGGGACUAUAAACGACGGCACGAUAGAGGAAAUUCUUGCGCCGUUGGAGAGACUUGCACAGAGUCGAGACUGGACUCGUUUAAAGCUUUGUGUUCCGUCUGAUUGGUUCCCUUGCUUGACAGGCAGGGCGGAGAAGCGGAGCAGGUGGGAGUUGAUGAUGGCUGACUGGUACGAGCGCAUGCCUGUUAUCGAGGAUUUAUAA